ACUCAUCUGUCAUCUCAAACGUCGCAUAAAUCAGUUCUGCGUAUAGUUUUGAACCUUUUGAGCCGUGUGAAUCGUGUAAAUUGUCCUUGUCCGUUCAUCAGCUUCUUCCGAUAACAAAAAUGGCCGAUUUUCUGGAUUCCGAAGCCGAGGAAAGUGAGCAGGAGGAAGAGGACGUGGAACCGCAUGAGCGGAAAAAGCUGAAAAAGUUGGCCGUCAGCGACAGCGAAGAGGAAGAGGAAGAUGACGAAGAAAGGCUUCGAGAAGAACUUAAGGAUCUUAUUGAUGAUAAUCCGAUUGAGGAGGACGACGACAGUGGCGGGGAGGACUCGGAUGGUGGUCACCAAAAGCGCAAAAAAAGUGACGACGAAGACGAGCUUGAUGAUCGUCUGGAAGAUGAAGAUUACGAUCUGAUAGAAGAAAAUUUGGGUGUUAAAGUAGAGCGGAAACGAUUCAAACGGUUGAAAAAAAUUACUGACGAGGGUAGCGACGACGACGACGUUGUGGAUGAUGGACUGAAUAGAGAAGUAAUCGCUGAACAACUCUUUGAAGGAUCCGGCGAUGAGGAUGAAGAACAUCAUUCGGAACGGGAAAGUCACCGUGAACUCCAACUGACCGCGGAGGAAAAUCCUGAAGAGGAAGAAGAUGACGAAUCCGAUGCUGAUGAUUUUAUUGUCGAUGAUGACGGUGUUCCGAUAAGCGAUAAGCGUAAAAAGAAGAAACAUAUUUUCACAGAUGCCUCGUUGCAAGAAGGUCAAGAUAUUUUUGGAGUUGAUUUUGAUUAUGAGGAAUUUGAAAAAUAUGACGACGACGAAUACGAAGACGACUCGGAAGGAGACGAUGAAUACGAGGAAGAAGGCGGGGAGGAACGUGAAAAACGACCGAAAAAAGCAGCUCGCAAGAAAACAUCGAAGAAAACUAUAUUUGAUAUAUUCGAACCGAGUGAGCUAAAGAGAGGCCACUUCACUGAUUUGGACAAUGAAAUACGUAAAAUAGACAUACCAGAACGAAUGCAGCUGCGGGACGUCCCAAUCUCGCCAAUUGCUGAAGGUUCCAACGAACUGGAAGAUGAAGCAGAGUGGAUUUACAAGCAAGCUUUCUGUAGACCCCCUGUGUCCAAUCAGGAAACUUAUUCGCGAAAGUCAUCAUCUGCUAUUCCGAAAAUAAAACAAGCACUAGAUUUUAUGCGAAACCAACAUCUGGAAGUACCGUUCAUUGCGUUCUACAGAAAAGAGUACGUACAGCCCGAUUUGAACAUCAAUGAUUUGUGGAAGGUGUACAAAUAUGACGCAAAAUGGUGUCAGCUAACCGCAAGGAGAAACAACUUGCUGAAGCUAUUCGAAAAUAUGCGAAACCAUCAGCUGGAGCAAAUAAUGGAGAAUCCAGAUGCCGCAAUUCCAGAGGAAACUCGCGUAAUGAAGGAUGAUGAUUUUGAUCGGUUGAGGGCAGCUCAAACACCGGAGGAGCUGAGAGACGUUCACAAUCAUUUCCUACUGUACUAUGCUCAGGAAAUUCCUGCCAUGCAGGAGAAAAUGAAAGUCAAAGAACGAGAACGUAGGCGUCAGGAAAAGUUGGAAGCUCGUCGAAAAGCUCUUGAGUCAAGUGAAGAAGGUGUGGAAAACAUCGACCUAGAAAAUUUGGAAUUAGAAGACGAUGAGCCUUACGCAGAGGAACAUGUUAAACUAAACGUAGAUUCUGGCCCUUACGCUAUGUGUCGAAAAGGUGGCCUGAGUGGAUUAGCAAAACGGUUCGGCUUGACACCAGAAAAGUUCGCGGAAAACGCUAGAGAUAGCUACCAGCGUCAUGAGGUUGAUCAGGAAGCUUGUGACCCCAUAGAUAUUGCAAAAGAGUACGUGAACAACAGAUUCGUUACGACCGAGGAUGUUCUUCACGCAGCGAAAUUCAUGGUGGCCAGACAGUUGGCUCGAGAACCUUUACUGAGAAAAUGCGUCCGCGAAUUUUACUACGAACGUGCCAAGCUUAGCGUGCGGCCAACCAAAAAAGGAAUAAAAGAAAUCGACGAGAACCAUCAGUGCUAUCCUAUGAAAUACAUCAAGGACAAGCAUGUGCGCGAUCUGACCGGAGAUCAAUUCUUGAAGCUGCAUAUGGGUCAGGAGGAUCAAUUAUUGACCAUUACUAUCUCGGAGCGCAUCGAAGGUUCAACGUCAGCGGACAUCAUUGAUGAAAUGAAGGCCCUUUACCAGCGAGACGAGUUCGCUAAAAAUGUUCAGGAAUGGAACACAUUGCGCUCUGAGUGUGUCGAGUUGGCUUUUACGAAGAUGAUUCUACCGGACUUGCGCCGCGAGUUGCAAGCCAUUCUAUUGGAAGAAGCCAAGGAAUCGGUGCUUAAAAUAUGCUGCAGAAAGCUGUACAAUUGGAUAAAAGUGGCGCCUUUCAACCCAGCUUUCGAAGUGGACGACGAUGACUACGACUGGGAAACCUCACGAGGAAUUCGAGUUAUGGGCGUGGGCUACGUUCCUGAUUACUCGCAAUCGGCGUUCGCAGCCAUUACUGCUCCUGAUGGUGAAAUAACGGAUUAUCUGCGAAUUCCACAUUUGAUGAAACGAAAGAAUACUUUCCGAGAAGAGGAGAAAGAGCUCAAGGAGGGUGAUCUGCAGGCAAUUACGGACUUUAUCCGGAAUAAAAAACCUCACGUGAUCGUUAUUGGCGGUGAAUCUAGAGAGGCAUUGAUGGUGCAGAAAGAUUUUCAGGAGUGCGUAAAAACGCUAGUCGACGAGGAACAAUUUCCGGACAUUCAAGUUGAAAUAAUGGACAAUGAACUAGCGAAAAUUUACGCCAAUUCCAACAAAGGAACUAGUGACUUCCGAGAAUAUCCUUUUGUUCUUCGUCAAGCAAUUUCGUUGGCACGACGAAUGCAAGAUCCUUUGGUUGAAUUUUCCCAGCUCUGUAAUGCUGACGAAGAAAUCUUGUGUUUGAGAUACCACAUGCUGCAAGAGCAAUUGAGUAAAGAAGAUCUGUUAGACAAUUUGUACCUCGAGUUCAUCAACCGAACAAAUGAAGUAGGUGUGGAUAUCAAUCUGACGGUUCAAAAUUCAAUCACCAUGAAUUUGGUUCAGUUUAUUUGUGGUUUGGGUCCGAGAAAAGGGCAAGCUCUUAUCAAGGUGAUGAAGCAAACCAAUCAAAGACUGGAAAAUCGAACGCAACUAGUUACCGCCUGUCAUAUGGGUCCAAAAGUAUUUAUUAACUGUUCCGGUUUUAUAAAGAUUGAUACAAAUUCCCUAGGUGACAGUACGGAGGCUUACGUGGAAGUUCUUGAUGGAUCGCGCGUUCAUCCUGAAACCUAUGAAUGGGCUCGUAAAAUGGCGGUAGAUGCUUUGGAGUAUGACGAUGAAGACGCCAACCCUGCUGGAGCAUUGGAAGAAAUUCUGGAGUCACCAGAACGGCUAAAAGAUCUCGAUCUUGAUGCAUUUGCAGUGGAGCUAGAACGACAAGGGUUUGGUAACAAGAGCAUAACACUAUACGACAUUCGUGCAGAAUUGAACUCUCGGUAUAAAGAUCUUCGUACUCCAUAUCGCUCUUGUACACCGGAAGAGCUGUUCGAUUAUUUGACAAAAGAAACACCCGAAUCCUUAUACGUUGGUAAAAUGAUGUUGGCCACAGUCUCUGGUAUCAGUCAUCGCAAACCACAAGGCGAUCAACUAGAUCAGGCAAAUCCGGUGCGAAAUGAUGAAACUGGUCUUUGGCAGUGUCCGUUCUGUAUGCAGAACGAGUUUCCAGAGCUAUCGGAGGUGUGGAACCAUUUUGACGCUGGCGAAUGUCCAGGACAAGCUACUGGUGUUCGAGUAAGAUUCGAUAACGGCCUUACAGGAUUUAUCCAUAUAAAGAAUAUUUCCGAUAAACACGUGAAGAACCCUGAGGAACGAGUACAGAUGGGACAAACCAUCCAUGUGCGAAUAACAAAGAUUGAUGUCGAGCGUUUCACGUUGGAUUGUUCUUCAAAAAGCUCUGAUUUGGCAGAUAAAAAUAACGAAUGGAGACCUAGAAAGGAUGUUAAUUAUGAUCAAGACGCCGAAGACAAGGACAACAAAAAAGAAAGUGAUACCAAGAAACAAAAACAAAGACAACAAUACAUAAAAAGGGUAAUUGUACACCCUUCUUUCCAUAAUAUAUCGUACCCGGAAGCUUUGAAGCUACUAGACAAGCUAGAUCAGGGUGAAGUCAUUGUAAGGCCAUCCAGUAAAGGUUCAGAUCAUCUGACUGCAACGUGGAAGGUCACAAAAGACAUUUACCAGCACAUCGACGUACGCGAAGAAGGUAAAGAGAAUGUUUUCAGUUUAGGCCAGUCGUUAUGGAUAGGUAACGAGGAGUUCGAAGAUUUGGAUGAGAUUAUCGCCCGGUAUAUAAAUCCAAUGGCCGCAUAUGCUCGUGAUUUACUAAAUUAUAAAUAUUACAAGGACACUGAUGGUGGCAUGAAGGAUAGAGCAGAAGAAAUUCUCAAGGAGGAGAAGAAGAGAAAUCCUAAUAAAAUCCACUAUGUUGUUUCCGUGGCGAAAAACUAUCCAGGAAAAUUUCUUCUAUCGUACUUACCACGCAACAAAUUCAAGCACGAAUAUAUAACUAUUACUCCGGAAGGCUACCGCUUUCGCAGCCAAAACUUUGAUUCCGUGAACUCAUUGUUGAAGUGGUUCAAGGAGCACUUCAGUGAUCCCAUUCCGAUGACCACUCCAGCCACCACACCACGGGGCAGUUCAUCCACCUCCCGAACGCCUUAUACUUCAGCAUCACCUAAGUACAACAGCGAUACAAUCACAAAACUAGCUCAAAACAUGCCAACGCACAUGCUGAAUUCGUUAUCUCAGGCGACAAGCCACACACCGCGGUAUGACUACACUCCCGGUGAUUUUGGAAGUACCAGCAACUAUGUGACAACACCGUAUACACCUAGUGGUCAAACGCCGUACAUGACCCCUUAUCAUCAGACGCCGCACUCUUCUCAAACGCCCAGAUAUGGCGUGUCUACUCCUUCGCAACAGUCCAACGGAUCUUUCGUUCAUCCUGGAUCAGUUGGAAUGCCAUCGAGGCAAGGCAAUCGGAGUGGACACAACGAUCGCUCUGGCAGCUCCCCGUUCAAUAAUACUGGAUCAGUGUCACCGUACUCCAACGAGAGUUCAAAUUUUGGCCGAUUAGCUUCUAUGCAGCAGGAGAAACGGAAUUGGGAAACGGCGACAGAUUCGUGGAUGUCGAAAGGACGAGGAGGAAAUCAUUCCCGAGAUGGCGGCAGAAAUACACCCAGAGGCGGAGCCCAAUUCGGCCGAGGAGAUUUUAGGCCUCGUAACAGAUUCAGCAACGAGUCCUCUGACUCUUCAAAUGCGCAGCAUAACAAAGGUAACUAUGCGGCAGCAAGCCCUCGGAUUAUGCCCAACGCUUCGCAAAAGGCCAACAACUCUCCACCGCAAGGAGGUACUUUAGCGAGUCUGGGUGAUUCUACACCAUUGUGGGAUGAAUAAGCACCGCCUAAUUACAAUGUAUUACAGAAUACAUAAAAAUAUAUAAGACAAGCAUAAUAA